AUGCUGGUAUUUUAUACGCGGCUUACCCUGGGGACCAAAACCCAACUCUUGGUCCGAGUGCUAGCGGUAUUCGUCGCGCUGUGCUGGCUGGCCUCGCAACUGACCUUUUUCACCCACUGCCGACCGUUUUCGGGCCUGUGGGCCUUCCCACCGCCGACCCGGGACUGCGCGACGCUGGAGACGUACCAAAUGGCCGAGGGCAGCCUCAACAUCGCGUCCGACGUACUCAUGGUCUGCGUGGUGCUGCCCAUCGCCUUCCGGAUCAACAUGCCGCUGCGCCACAAGCUCGUGCUAUUCUUCAUGCUCUCGGCGGGGCUGCUGGUCAUCGCCGCCGCCAUCCUGACAAAGUACUUCGACCUCAGCACCGACUGGGACCCGACGUACAUACUUUGGUACGUUCGCGAGUCCAGCCUCGCCGUCUGCGUCGCCAACAUGCCCAUCCUCUGGCCCCUGCUGCUGCGGUGGUGUCCGUGGCUGCUGCGGAGCAAGAGGAAGUCGCCCAAGGGGAGCAACGAGCCCGCCAUAGUCACGUUUGGGGCUGCCGGUGUCCGCCGUGGUGGUCGCGGCGGUGUCGUUGAUGACACCCUCAUGGGGAACUUUGAGGAGCCGAACACGCCCGAGAUGCGCCAGGCUGACGAAGAGGCCGAGAUUGGUAUGAUUGCGGCCGCUUCGGGGGCUGCCACGGAGUCGGCCAUGUCGCCGCAGAGUUCGCAUAAUCCACGCGGAUGCGACAGGUUUGAGGUAGCCGGAGAAUGCCACGUGCAUGGCUCUAUGGAGGUGCAGGGCCUUCUUGGACCGCUAGCAAUUCCAUGGGUCUUGUGUACCAAUGCAAAGAAGGAGGCAUACCGUAUCUAUCCAUGGUUUGCAAACUGGGUUAGCAGCCAAAAGUGCGAGGACGACCCACAGCCUGGUCCGGUUCCUGAAGAGUGGUGGAAGAUUGAGUGGAACAGAGUAUCCGACGACCCGGCCUGCUUUAUCCAGUUCGAGAACACUGGUGAGGUUAUCAACUCGGACCCAAGGCUUGAUAGCGCGAGGUGUCAGCUUGGAGAUGCGGGAACCGGUGGGAAAGCUGGGGUAUGGGUCGUACAGAGCACUAUCGAUUAUCUUCAGCGGGUCGCGGGUUAUCCGGCCGACUCCGAGAUCGCAACUCCAACUGCCGGGGCCAACCCCGCAUCAUAA